AUGCCAGCCCCUCAAGACUGUCAAGAGGAAGCAUGUGCGAUCCAGUCAUGUCUGACUAAGAACAACUACAACGAAUCAGCCUGUUCGUCCUAUGUCGAAGCGUUAUAUCGAUGUUGUCAGAAGAUGUACGAGAGUACCAACGAUAAUGAGAGUAAAAGUACGGCGUGUCCCAUAAGGAGUGUGGUGGAGAGGAAGAUGAAGAGGAUAGAAGCUGAGAAGGGACAAAAUGGACGGUGA